GGGGGGGGGGCGCUGAAAUACGAUCCUAAUUCGGUUGGUUCUAUCAGGCUGCUUGGAUCUGCAACUGAAACUGGGGUUUUACUUCACUCUCUGCAGGGUUGGUACUUGAACUGUGAAACCUCUAAUGGAGACUGACAAUGGCGGUGAUGAUGCCAAGUCCAAGCUUGAAGACUAUGAAGUUGUAGAGCAGAUUGGUAGAGGGGCGUUUGGUUCUGCUUUUCUUGUACUUCAUAAGACUGAGAAAAAGAAGUAUGUGCUCAAGAAGAUUCGUUUGGCCAAGCAAACGGAGAAGUUCAAGCGCACAGCACACCAAGAGGUCAUUUCUUUGCAAGUUCACAAUCAUAUAUUUCCUAAAAUGUUAGAUGACUUUGUGAGAUUUUCUGGGUUUCUUUCACCUCAUUCAAUAGGGAAUAUGUCUUUAUUUAAGUGGUCUAGGGAAUUGGGAUUUAUUGUUGUAUAUUAG